CGGGCCGGAGCCAGCACGGAGGGCUCGGUGGAGCAGCGGGCCAAGGGCCGGGCCUCCAUGAAGGAGAAGGAGGCGGGCGCGGAGCGGGGCAAGCCCGCCACUUACACCGGGGACAAGAAGGCGCGCAUGGCGGCCAAGACCAACAAGAAGUGGGUGCGCCUGGCCACCGUGCUGGCCUACGUGCUCUCCGUCUCGCUGGCCGCCAUCGUGCUCGCCGUCUACUACAGCCUCAUCUGGCAGCCGGUGCGCGGCAGCGGCGGCUCCUCCAGCCCCGGCCCCGGCGCCGCCGCCACCCCCGCGCAGCUCCGCGCCGCGCCCGCCGGACCCACGGCGGGGCCUCCGCCCGCGCCGCCGCGCACCGGCCCCGGCCCCGGCACCACCGCCGCUCCGGCCGCGUCCCCCCCGCCCGCGGCUGGGAGCGGGCCGGGCUCCGGCAGCCCCUGAGCCGGGCGGGCCGCGGGAGGCCGCGCGCCGCCGGGGAUGCGGCCGCGGGGCUCGGCCGAGGAUGGAGACCGAUGGCUCGCCCGUCCCUGCGGCACCGUGCAGCGCCCGUGGACACUGACCGGAGACCGACCUGGAGACUGACUCGGCCCCGUGUGGACUCGGUGGAACUGCGGUAUCUUCUUUUUCCCCUCGGUUUUUCCUCAAAAGGGAAUUUUGUGGCUUCGUUUUCUUCCUCACCAGGGCUAGCUUCUCCCUUUGAACCCGCAUUGAAUUCCUGCGCUGUUUAUGCCAGUCUGUUACCUAUACAAGGAUAUCGGUGUCCAAAAUUCCUCGCUAUUUACAGGAUCAGCUGGGAACAAUACGAAUUUAGAGGCUGUAAUCCAUUGUUGAAGUAAAACCAGUUUUGUUUAACGAUGAGCAUAAACUUAUUUAAAAUAUG